UUUCCGGAAGACUCUUCUAGCCCCCCCUCAAAUGAACCCCCACCUCACUCCCAGGGGCACCAUCCACCAACACAGAAAAUGGUCAAGAAGUCCCUCGUUGCUGGGCUGGUGGUCUUACUGGUGGCUGCAGUGGGGUUUUUCUUGGGCGUUUUUUUGGGGGUGGGGAACAAACGGCCGACCGGCCCCUCGGACCAUUUCUACUCCAAGGCAGCAGUGGCCGCAGACGCGGGGAAGUGCUCGGAGAUCGGGAGGGACAUCCUGAAGCGUAACGGCUCAGCGGUGGAUGCCUCGAUCGCUGCCCUGCUCUGUGUGGGACUUCUUAAUGCACACAGCAUGGGAAUCGGAGGUGGGCUCUUCUUCACCAUCUACAAUGCAUCUACGGGAAAGGUGGAGACCAUUGAUGCAAGGGAGACUGCACCCAUGAAUGCAACAGAGGACAUGUUCGGUAACAACACCCAGCUGUCUCGUAAAGGUGGACUUUCCAUCGCCAUACCUGGAGAGAUCCGGGGCUAUGAGAUGGCCCACCGGCGGCAUGGGCGGCUGCCCUGGCGGGAACUGUUUGAGCCCAGCAUCAUGUUGGCACGUUACGGCUUCCCUGUGGGCAAAGCCCUGGCCAACGCCAUCGCCAAGAACGGGGAAUCCAUUCAGAGUGAUGUGGCCUUGUGUGAAGUGUUUUGUGACUCACAACAAAACCUCCUGAAGGAAAAUGAUAUCAUAAAAUUUCCCAAGCUCGCCGACUCCUAUGAAAGGAUAGCUGAAGAGGGUCCUGAUGUCUUCUACAAUGGCUCCAUGGCUCAGAGCAUAGUGGACGACAUUCAGGCAGCAGGUGGGAUCAUCACCCUGGAGGAUCUGCUGGAGUACCAGCCCGUGCUGAACGAGAGUCCCCUGAGGCUGAGCGUGGGCGAGUACACCAUGCAUGUCCCUGACGCGCCCUCCAGCGGCCCUGUGCUGGCCCUCAUACUCAACAUCGUAGACGGUUACAACUUCUCAGAUACAAGUGUCUCCACAUCUGAGAAAAAGACUCUGACCUACCACCGCAUUGUGGAAGCUUUCCGCUUUGCCUAUGCUAAAAGAAGCAGGCUUGGAGAUCCACGCUACCUCAAUAUCACUGAUCUUAUCCAUAACAUGACCUCAGACUACUUUGCAGACGGGAUCAGGAGCAAAAUCACAGACGACACCACUCACCCCGACAGCUACUAUGAGCCUGAGUACUUUGUCCCCGACAACCAUGGGACAGCACACCUCUCAGUUAUAGCUGAAGAUGGCAGUGCAGUAGCUGCCACCAGCACCAUCAACCUAUACUUUGGCUCCAAGGUUAUGUCCAGGUCGACUGGCAUCAUCUUCAACGAUGAGAUGGAUGACUUCAGCUCCCCGCAUAUGACCAAUGGCUUUGGUGUCCCUCCCUCUCCCAGUAACUUCAUUCAGCCAGGCAAAAGGCCUCUGUCUUCAAUGUGUCCCACAAUCAUCUUUGACAAACACAACAAGGUCAAAAUGGUGGUCGGAGCCUCUGGUGGGACAAAGAUCACAACAGCAACUGCCCUGGUAAUUCUGAAUUCUUUGUUUUUUAACUAUGACCUGAAAAAAGCUGUUACAGAGCCGAGAGUUCAUAACCAACUCAACCCAAACAUGACAGUGGUGGAACAGAACUUUGAGAAGAGUGUUCUUGAUGGACUGGCCCAGAAGAACCAUGUGACCGAGCUGCUCAGGACCCCAGGGGCAGUGGUCCAAGCCGUGGUGCGCCAGGGAGACCGGAUCUGUGCAGAGUCCGACCCCAGGAAAGGUGGCUAUCCGGCCGGCUACUGAUCCUUUUCCCCGCUUCUCGUCACUUUUUUUUUUUUUUUUUUUUUUUUUUAAACAUCUCACUCGGCCUAGCCUUGCACCUCAGAGAAGAGAACAAUAUCUCAAAUGGAAUUUGGGCCAGGGAUGACAUUUCCAAACACCUUCAGAGGAGGAUGAUGAAUCAGCCUUUUUAAACUCUGCAUCUGCAAGUCUCCUCAUCAUUUGAAUCCAAUUUGUUUGGCUCCUAAUGUUAGGAAAUCAGCAAUGGCCUUUGCAGGAACCAGUUGUUCUUCUCUGUAUUUAUUUUUUAAUUUAUUUUGUAUUUAUUUUAUUUCAUUCCUCCUAUAUUGAUAAAUAUUUAUCAAUAAUUUUAUUGACAUUUAUUUAAUACUUUGUGUUUGGAAAAGAAGUGAAGUACUGGACGAAAUGAGAGUGGUGUAGUGCGCGUCCUCUGUGACUGACGUGUUUGGGAGACCCUUAUUUGUCUGUGUUGAGCACCGUGACCAUAGACAUAGAAUCACGAUUCUAUCUCUAUAAAUGUGACCCCAACCCUCUGCAAGCCCUUGCUACAUCGCACAAGAUAAGCAGCAGAUCACCGUGGAACAACACACAUACAUUUAGUGUACACAAGCAAGAACAGAGAAAACAGAACAAAGAUGUUGCUGCAGAACUUUCAAAAUGAUUUUAAUUAAUUUUGAACUAUGUAUCACUCAACUCCAAAGUUACAUGUUAAAUAAGUGAUUUACUGUAAACUGUUUGCACAGGUUAUGUUCAAAAGAGGGCUCUUCACUGUUUUUUGAAUACAUAGAUCAUUUUUGUACAGAUUAUGGGAUUUAAAUGAAAACAAAUGCAACUUUUCUGUUUUGAGUUUGAAUUUCUUCUCACUUGGACACCUCAAGCCCCUAGUUACACUUGCAAAAUCUACCGGACCUCUGCUACAUCAUUUCAUUUGGCUUGAAAACGGGACCACAAACCACAGUUGCCUAAUCUACCAAAGCUAAUACAGAAUGCUGCAGAGGCCAAAUCUGCAAAACUAAAAUCACAGGAAAAGUGUAGAAUCCUGAC